AUGGAUAACCUCUUUGCCUCGCCCGAUCUCUUCCGUGCCCUUCAAGAAGCCGGUCACGGGGCCACAGGCACAGCCCGCCCUAACUGUGGCAUCACCAAAGAGCGCAAGCUUGUAAAAGGGAAGGAUAAGGCAGGUGUCUCAGGCUUUAAGUAUAAUAAAGUAAAGUCAAUCCCUACAAUUGACGGCCUCGUCGCUCAAAUCGCUUGGGAGGAUAAUAGCCUCGGGUUAUUUCUCUCCACCGUAUACAGCGGUGCCGAUGACCAACGCACCCUAUAG